UUCAAGAUUUAUGUGAUAAAAUGUUGAGGAAGAAGCAAAUGCAAUCAACCCACUCUACUCUGUAUUUGAGUUGUAGAUAGGUAAAGGGCCACAAGGCUCAUCUGCUCAAACCUAAACUGGGAACGCUGCAAAGAACUGGAGUCGCUGAGCAGUAAAAUUCGUCGCGGUCAAGCGCACACGACACUCUCUGGCUCUCUGCUCUUUCUAACCGCGCAGCUCCGCUUCUCUCCUUUAAAGCAGAGAAGAGAAAAGAUAAGGAAUAAGCAGGCUGUGUUCUUCGCCGUCGGUCUUUCACCAUUCUCCGCUCUCUCCAUUGCCCUAGAAACUGAUCACACAAUCUCGCUGCAAAGCUUCUCCUAGAAGUCCGUCGCUGCCUCACCAUAUUCUCUGCCAUGUGCCAACACCGCGUCAGUGACUUUGGGCCACAUGGUAAUGCAUGAGGAUUAUCUAGAUGCCAUUUUCUCCAAAAACUAUCCAGAUCCAGUUGCAAGCUCCCAAUGAUUCUCUUGUGGAUUGAAAUCAUCUUUCGGUGUCCUGUAUCUUUCCCCAACUUAUUUCUGUUAAUAAAGGAUCGUGAGCAUGCCACAAUUGAGGAGAUAACAUAGUUGAUAUUUGAAAACAAAGGCGUUAUGGAUGAAAGUCUAAAAAAGCGCAGGUCUUUUUGGGAUUCCGAUGAAAAUUCUUCUCAUCAUGAGGUCGAUGUAAAAAAUGCUUGGGUUGGGAAGGGUCAGUAUCCCAGUCAUGAUGGAAGACGUUUCAAGGAGCAGAAUUCUUCAAAAGCUGAUAGUUCAUCCAAUAGGUAUUCUAGCUGGAAUGACUCACCGCAAAAUAGUCAACUGCAACCAAAUAAGAGGAUCAGCAAGGAUGCAGAGCGUGUUCCAGAAACUGAGGGGCACAAGAGGGGAAAGUUUUAUCGAGAAAACACGUCUCCAACUUUUGAUGGACCAAGGCAGCAAAGGAAUAGCAAGUUUUCUGAACAUGGUUUGAAUCAGUCUCGCAGGAUUCCAGGAAGAGGCAGGAGCCGAAGCCGCAGCUGGAGUAGGGAGAAAGGAUGGAGGAGUAGAAGUAGAAGCAAGAGUAGGGACAAGGGUCAUUUCAGAGACAGGCCAAGAAGUCAUGGUUCUCCCCCAAAUCAGAAAUGUGAUUCAUAUGAAUGGGAUGAUAGACAAAUUGGAUCUCGAAUGUCAUCAAAAGUCUGUAGAGAAUUUUCCAGUGGGAGGUGUAAGAGAGGUGGUGAAUGUAGGUUCUUUCAUCCAGAUAAUUUUAAGGUUAAGGACAAAUAUUCUGUAGAGCACAACCUUGCAGAAAGAUGGAGUGGUGGGCAUGAGAGUGCAGAAGUCUCAAGAUAUGCGAAUAGCGAAACCAUUGAAGUUCGUUGUCGGGGUAAGGUUCCUGAUCUCUAUAAUAUAGAGAGUGAACAUCCCAGGAAUAAUAGAGGUGUCAUUACUUGCAAAGAUUUUGGCAGAGGUAAGUGCCGUUGGGGAGCAUCUUGCAGAUUUUCUCAUUCUGGGUCUUCUAGUCACAUCUAUGAUAGUAGUAUCAGGAAUACAUCCCCUGAUUACAAUUGGAAGCAUGAACCAAAUAAAACUAGUAGACGUCUGUGCAAGUACUUUGUUGCGGGAAAGUGCUAUAGCGAAAACUGCAAAUUUUCUCACGAUGGUGCUGUACAAACAGAUGUUGGAAUUAGUCCCUCUAAUAACGUAGGUGGCCACAGAUUAGAUGAUAAAAAGCAUAACUGGGAUGACCUAAGGUGGGAUGAUGCAGAAAUGGACUCUAGCUUCAAUAUGGCUCCUAUAGGUGAGAGUGUAGCAAUAUCAAACCAUUCAGAUGCAGUUCAUACUGAUAGAGUUGGUCACAUCGUGGAUCAUGGCUUGGUUAACUCAAAUGAGUUGUGGAACAAAUCAGUGUGGGAUGAUGAUACAGCUAGAACUUCUAAUCUUGAGAAGACUAAUGAGCAUCUUUACACUGCUGCUAGGGAAAACUCUGAUAUUACUGUAACUUUUGGUCAGACAAAUAGUAGGUCGGAUCACAAUUCGGAAAAUGGGAGAGCUAUGUGGAAAAAUACAACUUCGUGCGAGGAGAGAGAUGUUUAUCCUAAAGUUGAAUCUACUCUGAAAAGCUCCAGUAAUGACCAUGACAGUAAUGCUAUAUCUCAAGCGUCACUACUCCCAAGUCUGGGCGGAAGUUUAGUUCAUGGCGAAAGACAGGAGAAAAUGGAAGAUGCUUCUCAUGGGGGUUUUCCCUGCAAUGUUGUUCACCCUUACAUAAUGUCAAAUCCUCCUCUUGAGUCAUAUCCUUUUCGGGACACUGGCAAGACAAAUAUAUCUAAUGUGUUAAAUGAUGUUAACAUCGAUACUCAGACUACCCAUCCAGUUUUAUUACCAGAACAAAGAUUCAAUGAAGUUAGUGAGAGGUCUAACCUAGGUUCUGAAUAUUCCUCAUCCUUGGAUGGAGCUGCCCAAGGUGAUUCUAAGCUGCAUGCCAUCCCUUUAAAUGGACAUAGUAUCAUUCCAAAAGAUAGUACGUGCUAUCAGAAUAAAGAAGCUGCCACCCGAUCAGAGGUGCUGGAUUUAAGUCUUUCUGGUGCUACAUUCAGUGCCCUCACAACUGAAAUGCAUGGCUCUCCAGCUUCUCUCACAAAGAAAUUUGAGUAUGAGGCAGGAAAAUCUCAGCAACAUGAAGUUGCAUCUCCAUCAGUUCUCUGUUCCGUUUCCAACCCUGGACUGCUUCCGACCUUCAAUGCUGUAUAUUCUAGAGUCGAUCCAGUUAUAAAUGAUUCAGAUAUGUGCGAAGCCCAUGGUGAUGAAUCUCAAUGGGGUAUGCCUGACAACUUUGUAAUACCUGUCAAUGCCUCCAAGUUGAGUCAACAUGGAACCAAAGGUUCUUUAAAGCAAAUGAAUCAAUCAUCUUCCUUCAACUCCGAAGCUGGACACAUAAAGCAAUAUAAUACUUCAAAUGUAGAGUGCACCGGGGAUCAAUGUUUGAAGCAGCAGGAGUCUGGUGCUAAAUCAGAACUGAAUGAAAAUAAUAGACUUGUUACCAAUGAUUGUGGGGAUGAGCAACAAAAUAAUAACCCUUACAGUGUCAGUGUCACUGGUAAGUGUGAAGAGGUGUAUGGUAAGAAAGAUGAUAAGAUUACACGGUUGUUCAAGAUUGCUCUUAUAGAGUUAGUCAAAGAGAUCCUGAAGCCGAAAUGGAAAGAAGGUCGGAUGAGCCGAGAAGUACACAAGACUAUUGUUAAGAAGGUGGUUGAUAAAGUGAUGGGUAGUAUUCAAGGAGAUCAUUUCCCUAAAAGUCAAGAUAAAAUUGAGCACUAUCUGUCCUGUUCUAAAGCCAAAAUUAACAAACUGGCACAGGCAUAUGUGGAGCGAAGUCUAAAGGAAAACUCUUGACAUUUGAGAUUCAGAACUUUUGUUUUUGUUAUGGACUAUGGAGUAUCAUGUGAAUGUUGAAGAAUUACAGACUUGGAGUUGGGAUAUUUUGAUUUGUUUUUAUGUGUUUGUUGAAGGGUAAGUUGCCUAGCGUGUUUUUGUUUUUGUUUUUGUUUUUGUUUUUGUUUUUGUUUUUGUUUUUGUUUUUGUUUUUGUUUUUGUUUUUGUUUUUGUUUUUGUUUUUGUUUUUGUUUUUGUUUUUGUUUUUGUUUUUGUUUUUGUUUUUGUUUUUGUUUUUGUUUUUUCCUUUCAUAGCUAUGUACUUAUUUUUUUGUUUUCAGGCAAAAUGCUAUCGAUUUGAUAAAUCUUCGGUGUGAGCAUGACCAUUGGGCUUAAACUAACUAUGGAUAUGUUGCUUGACUUAAAAACCUGUAACUUCAAUAUACAAAUUAGAGAGUGUUUGCGAUUUCUCCUCC